CCAAGAAGAAGAAGAAGAAGAAGAAGAAGAAGACGCAGCUUUAGAAACAAACAAAACCCCAAACUCGCUCGGUGGCCCCACGUUCAUUUCAGAGUUCCCGAAGUCUUUUGAAAACGUGACCUAGAUAAUCGUGUAGAGGCAGAAUGUAAAAGGAACAAGGGAGUGACCCACGGCGAGCUACGAGUUCUGUAGCUGUGAUAGUUUAGCAACUUACUACAGUUUAGCCUAGCUUACAUGUCUAUGGCGUCCCCAAUAGAUCUCCCACUGGUCGGCUCGGCUUCAUCCUCACUCCCAGCUGCGGAGACAAAGCUGCCUUUUCUUCGUCAGCAGCUCCACUCUGCGGUCUCCUCCCCCGGCAGUGUGAUGGUGGAGUCGGUUGACGAAGUUGAGGGUUUGUACGUGGCGGUGGAACGCUGUCCCCUGUGCACCACCUCCCGCCGCAGGCUGACUUGUGCCCGGUGCAUUCAGGCCGGAGACUUCGUAUUCUUCGACGGGAGGAACAGUGAAAGAUACUCUGAUAAAUGGGGAAGGCUACAGAAGCUCGAGGAAGAGAAGGAAAGACUCCAGCAGAGUGUCCUACGUGUGAUGGGCAGGCAGAUACAGGCUGAUGAGAUGAAAUGGAAGAUCAUGCUCUUUAAGAAAAAGAGAGACCAACUUAAGGAGGCUGUUGCCUGGGGCAAUGAAGAGGUGAAGAGCUAUCGUGAGCUUCUCCUGCGCUCUCAAGAGGAAACUCAGCGGCUGCAGCGGCGUGCUGGAAGGCAUCAGGAAAAAAGGGACAAAAUUGAUCGCCACAACCGCCGUCUGGUGGAGCUGUUAGAGAGGCGCAGCCGAGAACAACACAACAAACUCAGUCAACUGGCGGCUCUCAGACGAGACCACAUCCAGGAGCUCAUCACGCACAUUUUUCAUAUGCAAGAGGAGAAGCAAAGCAGCAGAGACCUGUUUGAUGUCACAGAGGUCGACCUCGCUCUAACCUCCAGCACAGUGACCGAGCUGGCAGAGGCCCGGAGAACCACCUACCUGUCCGGACGCUGGAUCUGGGAUGACCAGAAUGGAGAGACCAGCAUCAGCAUCACAGGGACACCGGUUGUUUUGCCAAGCAACGGAGACUGCUCUGCCUACUACAGCUGGGUGGAAGAGAAGAGCAGCAGCUCUGGCCCAGAGCUUGACCACAUUAACCCAGCUCACACCAUCAGUGCUGCCCUGUGCUACGCCACCCAGCUGGUCACCAUUCUGUCCCACAUCCUGGAUGUCAACCUGCCCAAGAGGCUCUGCAACAGCGAGUUCUGUGGAGAGAAUCUCAAUCGGCAUCGCUUCACCAGAUCUCUGAACAAGCUCAACACCAACAUCCUCCACCUGUGCUUCUCUCAGCAUGUCAACAGUGAAAAGCUUCAUCCUCAUCACACUCUCAGGAACAUCAUGUUUCUGGUUUCCCUUGACAACAAUAACCUGGGCAGGACUGGUUCAUUCGAAGUGAGCUCUGACCUGGAAGAGUCUAUAGAAUUUGUUGAGCCAGAAGCAUCGGGGUUGUCUGAGGAAAGUGGAGAUGAAUCAGUGACAGAUGAGGAGACGGACCUGGGCACAGACUGGGAGACAGUACCCAGUCCACGAUUCUGUGACAUUCCCUCUCAGUCAAUGGAUCUUUCCCAGAGUACUCUGCAGGUUUCCCAGCCAUCGGCUAAUCCUGGAGGAAUGAUUUCAUCUGCUGCUGCCUCGGUCACUUCCUGGUUUCGUGCCUACACAGGCCAGCGUUGAUCAACCUCACCAUGGGAUAAUCUGGGCUGUGAUCAAAUCAGACCAGAAGGUCUGACAUCAGCAAAAACCAACUUUCGAUUGUUUUCAUCUCAGUUUCUUUGUUGUUGGUCGUUAACAAAACAAAGAUCUUGCAUAAUUUAAAAACUGCAACUUUAGAAAGAUCAGAGUUGACAGUUGGAGCUGCUGUCAGAAAUGUGUACACUAAUAUUUUGAAAUGCUUCAGUUCUAUUUGUUAUGAAUGUGGUGUAUGAUGGUUGUCCUGGUUAGUGUAUGUGCUACAUGCACAGACUGGGCUCUCAAUACAAUUUGUUUGGCAUGUGAACAAUCACCAUCAUUUUUUUCUUCAAUAAAAUACUUCUCCUGGAGUACA